CCAAAGGAGGACUUACACUCCCCUGCGGGUACGGCGCUCACGCCUUUGGUGCGCAGUCGUAGAACUACAAGUCCGGGAGGCCCUUGUAGCAAUGCGGGCUCCACUGUAAGAGAAACUAUAUUUCCCAGAAGUCUCCGUUCCACAGCUGCGGAGCCUAUGGGCGUCGGCGUGGUUGGCGCGGGGGACGGCGUGAUCCGCGACUAGACAUGGCUCUCUGGGCCAGAUCCCCAAGUUGCCUGUUGGGUCCCGUCUGUAGGUCGACGGCGCCACUGGGUGUCAGGUGGCUCCAGCCCCAGGCCUGGCUGAGGCUCCCCGACGCCUGGGGACUCCCCGCCACACAGCCAAGCCGGGGCAAGGCGCGCGGGAACGAGUACCAGCCGAGUAACAUCAAACGCAAGCACAAGCACGGCUGGGUCAAGCGCUUGAGCACGCCGCCCGGCGUCCAGGUCAUCCUUCGCCGCAUGCUCAAGGGCCGCAAAUCGCUGAGCCAUUGAGCGCAACGCUGCCGGUGGGACCCACAUUAAAGCAUUUUUCUCGCCUCAGACCUCUCCUGCUGCUUUUUGUAGGGAGUUUGGACGACUGAGUGUUCCUCCAGUUGUGGGGUUGUUCCAGGGGCAGAAGUCUGUGGCCGGACUGGAAAGGGGUGUGGGAAGUCAGACCUUUGCGAAGUCCCAUUUUUACACUUUUGAAUCAGGAAGAAUUUCGAACUUAACGGCUACAGUUCAUGGACUAGUACAGUGAACCCCCGUGCACCCACCCAGCUCUGACUACCAAUUACUCACAAACUGUCCUGCCCCCUCCUGUGUUAUUUUCAAGCAAAUCUCAGGCAUCCAGUUAAUCUGUAAAUAUUUCAGAAUGCAUCUCUGCAAGAUAAGGGCCCUUUAAAACAUAACCACAAAACUUUCACACCUAAAAAAAGUCCAGUUUCUUAAUAUCAUUAAAUAUCUACUGAAUGUUUUAAUUUC